AUGGAUCUUUAUUUAAUUUCUGAUAUAAAGGAUGAUACAUCAAACAUUGAGAAAUUUAUAAAAAUGUAUACAUUAUCAAAUAUAGACAAUAGAAUAAUACAAGAUAAUAAUGUGGCUAACAACCUUGUAAGUAAUCUAGGAUGUAUUUUGUGUAAAAGUACAGAAAAUACAAGAAUCUUAAUAUGCACCCAAAAUAAAAUACAAGAAGAUGUUUAUUUUAAACUUUUAAACGCCGCUUUUACAGCAAAAAGGUUUAACAUUCGUAUCGAUUGUUUAAGCAUCGUUAAUAAUCCUAUUCUAAGACAAUGUGCUAUUAUAACAAAAGGAUUGUAUAUUAAAAAUACACUUAAAGGUUUAAUAAGUUUAUUAAGUAAUAAACAAAGCUUAAAUGUAAUGUCUUUUAAUGUAAAAUGUAUAUGUCAUAAACAAGAUGUUUUAGUAGGUCUUACUUGUCCUGUAUGUUUGGGUGUAUAUUGUAGAUUUGUACCGGUCUGUAAAAGAUGUAAAACAAAAUUCAAUUUUAUUAAACUUUAA